GGACUUUGGACAGGGGCCUGGAGUGACAGGACACAGGGAAUGGCUUCCCACUGCCAGAGGGGAGGGUUUGAUGUGAUAUUGAGGAGGAAUUGCUGGCUAUGAGAGUGUGCAGGCCCUGGCACAGGGUGCCCAGAGAAGCUGUGGCUGCCCUUGGAUUCCUGGCAGUGUCCAAGGGCAGGUUGGACAGGGCUUGGAGCAACCUGGGAUAGUGGAAGGUGUUCCUGCCCAUGGCAGAGGGUGGAAUGGGAUGAACUUCUUACUGAAAUUAAGAAUAGCAAUUGUGUUCAAGUGUAAUUGAGUGAGGUUUAAUUACAGAUACUAAAACAUAACUGUUAACUUGUUUUGUGGCACAGCUGUGGCUGGUGGUGAGGACUGAAUUGCUGUAGCUGAGGUUAAGCUUUAGUGUAGGCACAGCUCAGGUUACAGCCUCUUACAAUGAUGUCAUCCUGAAAAAGGAAGUCUUAGAGUAUUAAACAAAGAUACUUAGGGCUGCCAGUUUUAAGCUCGUGCAAUUCAGGAAGCCAUGUGACUUACCCACAUAAUUUGUUAGAGGUGGUGUGCCAAGCAGAGAGUAUUGGCAUGUCAUUUGAGCUAGGUCAGUGUGUAAAAAUACAAAUGUGAGAAAUACUUAGCAAGUAGCAAAAUGCUGUAUAGUUUAAAGGAGCUUGUCUCUCGAGUCAGAAGGAAGAGAUGUUGAAUUUUGAGGAUUACAUUGUAUACUAACUGGAAUUCUGGAUAAAGGCUGGGGGAAUGUGGAUUCGGGCCUUGGAUUUCCUGCCUUUUCCCAGCACUUGCUCUGAAAUUUGGGGACUGAGUACACCAAACACGAUAGAUCAGUGGGAUACAGCAGGCCUUUACAGCUUCUCUGAACAAACCAGAUCUCUCGAUGGCCGCCUGCAGGUGUCUCACCGCAAGGGAUUGCCACAUGUCAUUUACUGCCGCCUGUGGCGCUGGCCCGACCUUCACAGCCACCAUGAACUUAAGGCAAUUGAAAACUGUGAAUAUGCUUUUAAUCUUAAAAAGGAUGAAGUAUGUGUAAACCCUUACCACUACCAGAGAGUGGAGACACCAGUCUUGCCUCCUGUGCUUGUGCCACGGCACACUGAGAUCCUAACGGAGCUGCCACCUCUGGAUGACUAUACCCAUUCCAUUCCUGAGAACACUAACUUUCCAGCUGGGAUUGAACCACAGAGCAAUUACAUACCAGAAACACCUCCUCCAGGAUAUAUCAGUGAAGAUGGAGAAACAAGUGACCAGCAGCUGAACCAAAGCAUGGAUACAGGAUCUCCAGCAGAGCUGUCUCCUAGUACUCUCUCUCCAGUUAAUCAUAGCCUGGACUUGCAACCAGUUACUUACUCGGAGCCUGCGUUUUGGUGUUCAAUAGCAUAUUAUGAGUUGAAUCAAAGAGUGGGAGAAACCUUCCAUGCGUCUCAGCCUUCCCUGACUGUAGAUGGCUUUACAGAUCCAUCAAAUUCAGAGCGAUUUUGUCUAGGUCUGCUUUCCAAUGUAAACAGAAAUGCUACAGUGGAAAUGACAAGGCGACAUAUAGGCAGGGGAGUGCGUCUGUAUUACAUUGGUGGAGAAGUUUUUGCCGAGUGCCUGAGUGAUAGCGCGAUCUUCGUUCAGAGCCCCAACUGUAAUCAAAGAUACGGCUGGCAUCCUGCAACCGUGUGCAAAAUUCCUCCAGGAUGCAAUCUAAAAAUCUUUAAUAACCAAGAAUUUGCUGCUCUUCUGGCUCAGUCUGUGAAUCAGGGCUUUGAAGCAGUUUAUCAGCUUACUAGAAUGUGUACUAUAAGAAUGAGCUUUGUUAAAGGAUGGGGGGCUGAAUACAGGCGGCAGACGGUAACAAGCACUCCUUGCUGGAUUGAGCUUCACCUGAACGGGCCUCUACAGUGGCUGGACAAAGUAUUGACUCAGAUGGGCUCUCCUUCAGUUCGCUGCUCCAGCAUGUCCUAAAACUCUCCUCUGUCACCAGUGGGCUAAAAAUCGAGUCCAGUCAACAGACUUAAUAUAACAGCUCGUCUGUCGUAGUAUUUGUGUGUGGUCCCCAUGAACUGUUUACUAUCUAAAAAGGUUUUUUAAAAAGGAAAAAAAAAAAAAAAAGAAAAAGAAAAAAAGAAAAAGAAAAAAAAAGAAAAAAGAAAUAACAGCACUUGAGGUCUCAUCAGUUAAAGCACCUUGUGGAUUCUGUUUCCUAUACUCUGAUACUAGAUGAAAAUUUAGUGUAUAGAAAAGCCUUCUUCAGAAAGAAGGGACAGUUCUAAAGACUCUUUAAUGGUGUUUUUUAUUGGUUAUAUAAUUGAGUGUCCUAAUGGUUAUCAAUAACAUGAAUAGCUAAGUAUAUAUACAGAUAAUGUAACAUGAUCUCAAAUAUCACAGUAUUGUGCUGUUCUACAUUUUAGUUCCCAUAAAUAGUAAUUUUGGUUUUUUGAUUGGGGCAGGUAUCUCAUGAAAUUCCAAGACUUUGCUCCGUUAUUCUUUUAUAUUUUUUAAUAUAAGCAGGUUUUCAAGUUGUCCUAAACAUAAAAAAAACUUUCCUAGUAGAAAAGCUGAAUUUUUUGCUGCGUUCUUGAAGAGAAAGUCCCUCCAUUGGAAGGGAAAGAAAUGUCUUGAGAUUCAUCUGUGAAGUCUUAAGACACUUUAUAUACUUAAUGGGGCCUAAAAUUAAUUCAUAUUAUAAAUUCUGAGUGUCCAUCACACUAGCAGUCUACUUUUUGAUACCCAUUUGAGUUGAUGCAUCUGUUGCCAGCAGUAUUGCUGGCAGUGGUGUAAUUUGGGACUUUUUUGUACCUUGGAUCAUUCAAAUGAGUGAUUUUUUUCUCACAGACUGAGAAUUUAUCAUGGCUUUGGAUAUUGGAUUAAGUGCACAAGGUUAUUGGCUUACCCCUUACGUCUGUAUUUUUUUUUUCAUUGAAUAAGUCUCACCCCUUAUCAUCUGUAUUUUUUUCAUUUUUUCAUGUGUCACUAAAAAUAAUGGGGUUUAGAUUUCGGAGCCAUACACCUUGAAAAAUGAUUUCCCGGGGUAAGCUAGACUCUUUGUUUAGGUUUUAAAUAGAUGCAGCUUCUUAACAUAUUUCAGUAACAGAAUUUAAAUUUCUUAUCUGAGUCGCUUUUAUAGUUUACUUACACACCAGAUCAUAAGCAUUCAUUAUGUCAUAAUGGGCCUUGUUAUUAAAAGUAGUUGCUUCUGCAAAACCUCUAGAAUAGUGGUUGCUGAGGUAUGACCAGCGAAGGAGGACUUCCAGGUUCUUCAUGACAGUGCAUGUUAUUGUGAACCUUUGGACACUACAGCUGCACCAUAUUAAAAAUAUUCUGAAAUAUAUUCUACAAAUAAGUCUGGGUUGGGGCUGGGUUGGGAAACUGUAUAGAAGGGUUAUUCUGACUUGAAAAAUACACAUCUUACUAACAAUCUUGUGAUCUAGCUGUCUGUCAUUCUUUUGUUAUUGUGGCAGUAGCAGGAUUGCCUUUGUCUGUUUUUUUCCAUUGUUUCAUCAAUUACACUAGUUCUGUACUUUGUAAGUACAGCUAGUGAUAACUUAGCUUUGAGAACAAAAAUGUGGCCAGUGUUACAGCUUUUAAUCACUUGACUGAAUUGAUGAUAGUGAUGGAUAUUUUUAUGCCAUAAUGACUAGGGCAUAGAAGCAAUACCAAAAAUCAAGCCUUGAGAAAACGGGCCAGACACCUUUCAAAAAUUGGCAAAGCAGUUACCAGUUUGUGCUAGUUUUACCAGUAGACUAAUGUAUUGGUAGAACUUGUGGACCUAAGAAAAUAAGCUUCAUGCGUGUUGCAUUUGCCUAAUAUGUGAAUACACUAAUAAAAGUUUUAAUUCUCAAAA